AAACCCGCACAUUCCUCACAUUCCCCGCUCCUGAUGUCAGAGAGGGCGGGGCCGCGCGCGCAUCCCGAUUCCCGACGUCUUCUUCCUUUCCGCGAGCUUCGUGUCGCUGGAGUACCGUUACCGGUGCCUGGUUCUCCACUGCCCACGGAACCGCUCAGAACCCCUGGAUUAAAUAACCUCAGAGGGAAUUCCGGGUGUUUUCCUUUCCUCAGCUCCUGAUCUGGAGGGAUUUUUUUUUUUCUUCCUUUUUUGCUAUUAGAAGUUGGGAAGCGCGAGCGCUCCGGUUGUGUUUCCACUGAGUUGGAGAGAACUUCUUCUUCUUCUUCUUCUUCUUCUUCUUCUUCUUCCUCUUCUUCUUCUUCUUCUUCACAAAGCGGGUUUAUUUCCACUGCAGUGUUUUUGGAGGAUCGCGCGCUUGUCUUAAAGUUUUGCCAAUAAAAGGAAAGCACAAGAAAGAAAGAAAGAAGUAACACCGAGAAAAAGUGGGAAUGUAGCACAGACAACACGCUCCCAGGAUCCCACUUCCUGUCCACCCCUCAGCUUGCUCUCGGAAUGGGACUGCACCUUCCCAGAGUGCACUUCUUCACUGGGGGGUGUGGCCAUCCCGGGGCGGGACAGACAGCAUAGACCCCCUGCAGUAUUCUUUUGACCCCUGUGACCUUGGUGUGACCCUGUCCAGCCAUGCCUUUCAGGCUGAAACUGCCUCGUACGAGGCGCUACAACGUGCUGAGCAAGAACUGCUUCGUCAUUCGGAUCCAACUGCUGGACAAUCACAUGAUCGAGUGCACGCUGUCCGUCGAGGGGACUGGCCAAGAGUGUUUAGAAGCAGUCGCUCAGCGUCUCGAACUGCGAGAGACGCAUUAUUUUGGCCUGUGGUUUCACUCUAAAGCUCAGGUGCAGAGGUGGGUGGAGCUGGAGAAGCCGUUGAAGAAGCAGUUGGACAAAUUUGGCAACGAGCCAAUGCUGUACUUCGGAGUCAUGUUCUAUGUGCCUAGCGUCUCCCGCCUCGAGCAAGAGGUCACCAGGUAUCAGUACUACCUGCAGGUGAAGAAGGAGGUUCUCGAUGGACGCCUUCACUGCACCGUAGAGCAGGGCAUUCGACUCGCCGGUCUCGCUGUCCAGGCCGACUUUGGAGAUUUCACUCAAUAUCUGUCUCAGGAUUUCCUCAGGGAAUAUGUUUUGUUCCCCGUGAACUGGCCCCAUGUUGACGAGGUGCUGGACGACUGGACUCAGAAAGUGGCCGAGGAACACAAGAGUCACUAUCAGAUGCAGGCCGCAGAUGCAGAGCUGCUCUACAUUAAAGAGGUGGAGAAGCUGGAUGGAUUCGGGCAGGAGAGCUUUGCUGCUAAAGACAAUUACACCAACGACAUCUUCAUCGGAGUUUCUUUUAUCGGGAUCUUUGCAAAGCACAGGAACGGGAGAUCGAUCAUGCUUCACCGGUGGAAGGACAUCGGAACCAUCGGGCACAACAAGUCGGCUAUCACCGUGGAGAUAACCAGCAAAGACGACACCAUCAUGUUUCACAUGGAGGAUAUGGAGAUGGCGAAAUACAUCGCACGCCUCUUCACCGCCAGACACAAGUUUUACAAACAGAACAAGAUCUGUGUAGAGCCGACCCACUCUCCUGUCACUAUACGGAGAAGAUCCACCUGGAAUAGGCAGCAUAGGCCGCAGUCCUGUAUUGCACAUUCUCAGUAUCCUGAUCACUAUCAGGAGACGCAGAGCUCGCAAGACAGUAUCUUCCACGAAGACCCGUACUGUAAGUCCGAGACGAGUCUGGUGGAGUUCGGGUUCCGCAACGGCCUGGUUCCUAAUGGCAGUAUGUGCAGCAGCCCGAGCGUAAGCUCCCUGAACCGCUCACAGACUUUUGUUCACUCCUCGCCCAUGUCUUCGAGCCCCAGCAUCCCUGGGAGUGAGCUCAUGCGGCCUGACUACAUCCCCAGCCACCGACACUCGGCCAUCAUCCCGCCCUCCUACAGGCCCACACCAGAGUACGACGCGGUGAUGCGGCAAAAACGCUGCCUCCUCCCAAACACACCCAACGUCGACUGUCACAGCCAGUCACUGCGCAGCCUCAAUAUCAGCAACACGUAUGUUUACCGUCAACCAUCGCUAGUGUACAGCCAGCCGGAAAUGCGUGAGCAAGGCCCGUACCACACGCCCUAUGGUGGGGGUGGAGGCCCUCAGGCAGUGUAUGGACUUCAUACUGGCCCCUCCCCACCUCACCAGGGUCAGAUGGUACAUUCUACAACGGCUCAGCCACAAUCUGGCACUGCUAACGGCAUCUCGCAUACCGUCAGCACGCCAGAGCUGGCCAACACUAAGCAGCAAGUGGUUAACAGGACUACCCAUGUGUUUAGGAACCACCAAUCAAGACCUCCACCCCCUUACUCGGCAUCCUUUAGGCCAGCUACAAGCACACCGGAUUUGGCAAGCCACCGACAACGCUGCAUCGGAGGCUCUAGUCCGGAACUGGUGACGCGUAAAGUACAGCUGUCGGUGAAAACCUUCCAACCAGACAGCUCAGCCGUAGUGCACCAGUCACUACAGGAAGUGAGCGAGCCUCUAACGGCCAUGAAGCACCGUUCCACGCUCGCCAAACGCCACAGCAUGGAAGUCGCGAUGGUCCUCAAGGGAGCCAGUGUAGCCCCCUUGCCUCGAAGGAACACACUACGAGAGCAAGUGCCACCCCUGAUCCCUCCUCAGCAGGCACAGGUCCCACCUCCUCCACCGCCUCAGCUGGCUGAGGUGCAAAUACCAACCCAGAAAUCCUCCAACCCCGACCCAACAUACCAGCAUCAGAAAACACUCUCUAAUGUCACCAUGCUGAUCCACAGCAGCGAGAGUGAGGAGGAAGAGGAGGAGUACGCACCCGAGCUGGACGUUCACAUCCCAGGCCUGAACGAGGACAUCAGCGCUCAACUGCAGGCGGCACUCGCUAACAUCCCUAACAAGCCCCCGCCGGAAUACCCGGGACCGCGGUCCAGCAGCAGCAACAUCGCACUCAGACACCACAACCAGGAUCGGAGCCGAGGUUCUCCAGAAGCGGCUCAGGUGCAGACGCAGGUCGAUGUCCACGCAGGAGGGCACCGCGGGAGGCAAAGUCCGAGCCGUAUGGACCAGGUGUGCCUGAGCGGGGCGACUCUGGGACCGUCCAUCUCUGAGCCCGACCUCACCAGCGUCAAGGAGAGAGUGAGGAAAGAGCCGGUGAAAGAGAGACCUGUCUCCGAGAUGUUUGCCAUCGAGGACAGCAUUGUAGAGAGAGAGAUUGCACAGAGGACUCUGGAGAGGCAGAAGAUGUCGGUGGACUCGAUGAAGAGGCCUCUGAUGAUGGCCACUCUGAACGGACUGUACGUGAGCCGUAUGCCCGUCCCAGAAAACCCACGUGAGGACGUCUCCGCUAAGGCCAACACGGACGAGAUGUGUAAGCAUCUGGAGCUGAGGUUAACGGAGGACCGGCUCUUCGCCGAAUACGAGCAGAUCCCUAAAAAAAGACCCGAGUGCAACCUCGCCACAGCCACACUGCCCGAUAACACCGAGAGGAACCGGUUCCGUGACGUGGUUCCGUAUGAGGAGAACCGUGUCGAGUUGGUGCCAAACAAAGAGAACAACACAGGCUACAUUAACGCCUCGCACAUCAAGAUGCUGAUCAGAGGGGAGGAGUGGCAUUACAUUGCGACGCAGGGCCCUCUUCCCGGCACUUGCCACGAUUUCUGGCAGAUGGUCUGGGAGCAAGGGGUCAACGUCAUUGCCAUGGUUACGGCAGAGGAGGAGGGAGGUCGUUCGAAGAGUCACAGGUACUGGCCGAAACUCGGCUCCAAACACAACUCGGCCACGCACGGCAAGUUCAAGGUCACGACUAAAUUCCGUACAGACUCGGGUUGCUACGCAACGACUGGGUUAAAGGUCAAGCACCUGCUGUCUGGUCAAGAGCGGACCGUGUGGCACCUGCAGUACACCGACUGGCCCGAGCACGGCUGCCCCGAGUACGUCCAGGGCUUCCUCGCGUACCUGGAGGAGAUCCAGUCUGUGCGUCGUCACACCAACAGCAUGUUGGACGCCUCGAAGAACCCGAAGCCGCCGGUCGUGAUUCACUGCAGCGCCGGAGUCGGACGCACCGGAGUCGUUAUUCUCACCGAGCUCAUGAUCAGCUGCCUGGAGCACAAUGAGAGGAUGGAGGUCCCGGUGAUGCUAAAUUACUUGAGACAGCAGAGGAUGAUGAUGGUUCAGACCGUCGCUCAGUACCAGUUUGUGUAUCAGGUUUUGAUCCAGUUUUUGAAGAACACCAGACUCAUCUGAGUCCGACUGUGUGUGUGUGUGUGUGUGUGUGUGUGUGUGUGUGUGUGUGUGUGUGUGUGUACGCACCAUCCUAACUUGUUGCAUUUAACUAAAAGGCAUGACGCUCGGGCUGAAACAUCUCUACCGACGUAAUUCCAAACAGAACCUAAUAUCCACAGUAAACGAGUGGCUGUAUGAAAUGCCUGUAUUAUAAUUAUUAAUAUAUAUUUUUUCUGUUUUGGUUUUGGAGGACAGCACCUCUCCGUUAUGCUUUCUCAAACACAGCUGAAGGCUUCUCAUUCAUGUAGCUACACCGUCAGAAAAAUGUGAGUGCAUAUGGCGGUCAUAAAUGGUAUAAAACAUGAUUUUGUUCAUUUAGGUGAAAUAAUGAGUAUGACUUCUAUAAAAUAUAAAAAUUGUUGUGUUUUUUACUUCCAUAUUGUAAUUUCCAGGCUAUAAAGUUACACCGCCGUACAUAACGCACCCCCAGAAAUUCCGUCUGCUUAGAGAAUUAGCAUGAAUAUUAUGAAGCAAGGAAUAAAACACUUGAGGGUGUGCUGUUCUCGGAAACUAAUCAAUAACGGCGUGAUACCGUUACCGUGAACGUGAACAGCGCACCCUGAAGUAUUUUAUUCCGAUUAUAUUUUAUUUAUUAAAGAACAACACCUUAUACUUUCAUACGGAUACCUUUAGUCAAAAGUUUGGGCACCCCUAGUCAAAUGACGUAUUUUGAAUGUUGAAUUAUGAAAAGAAGUAAACACAACCUCUCCGGCAAACUAUUUUUUUUAUUAUUUUUUUUUUUUUAAAUGCACAGUUACUAUAAAGUAUAAAGGGCGUCCAAACUUUUGGACGUG